AUGAGGAUGUUGGAGGAUGAGAACAGACAGCUCAUAACACAGGUUAACGGAGCCAAUGUGAAGGCGCUGAGUAAAGGCUUGUCUCUGUAUCAUUCGGAAAGUCAGCUGUCAAACUUCCAAGGCGAGCUCCACAAUGGAACAGCCAGGACCCCCAGCGGAGAGCCAUCUCCCACAGGACUCUACCUCUCCCCAGGACAGAAGCCAGAGGCAGUGGUCCAUGCCAUGAAGGUUCUGGAGGUGCAUGAAAAGCUGGACAGAACAAACACACAAGAAUAUGAGGAGGACCUGAGUGAGAAGGAGAAAGCCAUCGUAAGAGAGAUGUGCAACGUGGUCUGGCGAAAGCUCGGAGAUGCCGCUGGCGCAAAGCCCUCAGUGAGACAGCAGCUCUCAGGAAACCAGUUCAAGCCUCCUUCAUAG